CUCUCCUCGAAUAGACUCGUCGAGUCCAGGUCCUUCGCCUACGCGGGAUCAUUCCAAUUCUCUCACUGUUCCUACUGCCAAUGGUCACCGUUUGUCGUCUCCUUCGAUGUCGAAUUUAAGCGUACAGGAGGAACCUCGAGAGCGCCGCCCGAGUAUGACCAACCACGCAAGCGAACCUCCCUUAACCGCAAAUCAAUUCGUUGAUAAUGAGCUGUUGCGCGGAGUCUCACUUGGCUUCAAUUCACCUUCGAUUUCGGGUGCGUUGUCGCCUAUGCAAGGUCCCAUACCCAACGUGGUUGCAUUGCCGUAUGGCAAAUGUCCGCCUUUCCACGUCAAGGCGCCGAGUUGGAGAGACCUUAUCAAACUCAUGGCACGGCUAAGCGGAACUAGACUUGAGCCGACUAUUGAAGCUAUGGCUGUUGUGAAGACUGACAUGAAGAUACGCAUUGUGGUGAAUUUCGUGAAGGUGCACCAGUCAUCAUCUGAUUGGCAUGUCAUUUUGUACAUGACGAUAGACUACCCCGUGCCUGCAAAUCAUCCAUACGCAUACAAGUAUCGGAACGGCGAUCCAAACGUCCUUCCGUACUCCUAUUCACUGUCACCCAUGCCCGCAUUCCUUCGUGAUGGAGCAGAUGCGCCCAUGUCCAAGUGGUACAACAUCCCAGCAACGCAGUCGAACCCACUCCGGAAACUGCCUAUCACUUUUCCUGACCUGGCUGCAUACCUGAUCACAGUUCUAUCAGAAUCUCGAGUUGCGGUACAUGAUAGUUCAAGUGGCUUGCGUCGGCUGGCUAAGCUCAUUGACACGUCUUAUCCGAGUGAAAACACUCAGGGAGAUGAAGAUGAGCGUGAACGUCGUGGGUUAUUCGAUCGUCUAUUGAAGCGGUCACAUAGGCAGUCUAGAGAUCGUAAUGCGGAUACUUACGAUGUGGUCACUCCGUUCUAUGCAGAUGAGUUUGGGGCAUAGUUUUUCUUAAUCUCGUUUAAUACCUGGAGGCUCUGGCCAACGGAAAAGACACUAGCUGUGCAGUCUGCUUUGGGCUCUUCUGCAUGCUUAGUUACCUGCAGAGUGGUCUCUCCUUUACGACAGACUUUCUUUUUGGGGUAGAGGUUUGAUUCGUUCAUGUUGACAUGAUGUUACCCUAUUGUAUUUUGCAGAUCACAUCCUCCCCUUCUGUCGCUGCGCUCAACAUACUAGUAUUGACAAUAUCAGAAAUUACACAAACUACAUAUCU